CACCUCAGUUGUCCGUGAUUAAAACACGGACGACACGACACAGAAAACGACGUUCCUCUGCUUCAUCCCACAUAACGCAACCAUGCCCAACGCCCAAAGCCAGCCAAACGUGCUAUGCUGCGGCAUCGGCGAGUACACCACCGGCUUUGUCGGCACCGGCGCCUCCAAGUCAGACAAGAAGGUCGGUGUCGUCGGCUUGACCAUGUUCGACCUCCGUCGGCGCGGCCUGCUCGGCAAGGACAUCAGUAUGGUCGGCACCAACGGCGAUAAAUUCGACGGCAUUCGCAACCAUCUCACGCAGAACAUCGAGAACAAAUACCGCGAUAUGGACACCACUUUCACUGCGUACCCAGAACCCGGGAAGAGGGAUCCUGAGGCUUACAAGGCAGCUAUCGACAAGCUCAAGCCAGGAGACGCCAUCACCAUCUUCACACCCGACACGACGCACUUCCCUAUCGCCGUGUACGCGAUGAAGCGCAAGAUCCACGUGCUCGUCACCAAGCCGGCUGUCAAGACGCUCAAGGACCACCUGGAACUCGCGCGGAUCGCAAAGGAGGAAGGCGUGCUCUGCUUUGUCGAACACCACAAGCGCUUCGACCCGGCGUAUGCCGACGCGCGCGACAAGGCGCGAGAGGACCUGGGCGACCUGUCGUACUUUUACGCGUACAUGUCGCAACCCAAAACGCAGCUUGAGACGUUCAAAGCAUGGGCAGGCAGGGACAGCGACAUCUCGUACUACCUCUCCAGCCACCACGUGGACAUCCUCGACUGGUACAUUCAGGAGCGCGCUGUGCCGACGCGCGUCAUGGCCAACGGCGCCCUGGGCAUCGCCAACGCUGAGCCGUUCAACUGCCCGCCAGAGACGGAGGACAACAUCACGUUGCUUGUCGAUUACGCCAUCCUCGACGCCAAGACGCAACAGCCGCUCGCGCACCGCCGCGCCACGGGUGUCUUCACCGCGUCGUGGGCCGCACCGACGGGCGCUGGCGUGCACUCCGAGCAGCACUUCCACUACGUCGGCACUAAGGGCGAGCUCAAGCUCAACCAGUCGCGCCGCGGCUACAGCUGUGUGCGCGAGGAAGGCGCCGGCGCAGGAAACACCGACUUCAAUCCAUUCUACAUGAAAUACGCCCCAGACGCCGACGGCUACUUUGACGGCCAGACAGGCUACGGCUACCGCUCCCUCGAGCUCUUCAUCCGGGCGUGCACAGAGAUCAACAGCGGCCGCAGGGAUGCACAAAGCUACACUGGUAAGCUACCCACUAUCCACGACACCGUAGCUACCACCGCCAUUCUCGAGGCAGGCCGCAGGAGCCUGGACGAGAAGCGGCCGAUCAACAUCAAGAAACAAGGCGACGCGUGGACCCUCGUCUAAUAUCAACCGACGCGGAUCAACUUUUAGAGGCGUGCAGCAUUGAUGCACAUGUGUAGUGUGCACUUAUGAGGGGAGGGUGAAAAGUACAUUGAGCUGGCCAGGUGCAAAAUCAACAGGGAGCGUUGAAGAGAUACUGUUCCUAUGAUAUGGG